AUGAUCCCAAGUCAGCCGUCACCUCGAUUGCGUCGAGAAGAUGCGUGGUCGCCAGACUUUGUCAGUUUCGUAAACUCCUGUCUUUCGAAAUUGCCCGAGGCUAGGCCCUCUGCUGCAGACUUGCUCGCGACGGACUUUGUUCGAGGUUCCCUUCCGUGUUCUGUGCUGAUGUGCGUGUACAGUCUUUGCCUUGGAUGUGCCUUUCCACACUUUUUAUUGGUUACCUACUUAAAUUUAGAAUACAUGUUAUGUGGGCGUAUCACGGGCAAAGUAAAGGACACUGCUAUAAUUUAUGACCCACUAGCCGUCAUCAUCCAGACUACAGCUGCUGGCACAUCCGAGGUUUGAACAGGAGUCUAAUGAGUUCUCCAGAAUUCUGUCAAACGCUAUAGUCAUUUGAACUACCCACCGGCUAGGGAGUUGGGCUUAAGUGCUCAAUGGCCCACUACACCCAAAUGCGACAGCACUUGAGUUUGGGGUAUCACUUGACUAUAACCGACAAGUCAGAAGUGGCUAUUGCAUUGUCUCUAGUUUUUUGUCGGUAAACAUUUUUUAGUAUUUUCUAUUUGUCGGUAGACGAUAAUCCAGAUGGGCUCCAGACUCAGAUUUCAAAGAAAAACUGGCACUGCAGUCAGGAUGGGUCGUCGAACGCCACUCCCAUAUGAAGAUAUAUUUGUUGCGCAGGCUGCUUGGUCCUUAGUCUGUUAUCGAAGGUUUAUUGUUCUCUUAAUAUCUUCCUAGUCCCCUAAUUGAAGAGUCGGGCAAGAUCCGCGAGAAACGUCUUAGUAAAUCCAGAUCGUCAUCGGCGGUGCGCCAAUCCGGUUUAAGGCGGUCGACGUCACCUUCCUCCGAAGUCCUUGACGUCGCGCCGGUCGAUACCACCAUUGAUGCUGACCAAAAUUCGGGAACAAUGAUUUCUCGUUCUGAUCAAGACACAAGCCGUCGUAAAUCAGGCGAAGCGCCGUGAGUUUAUUUGACAAAACCAAGUCAUAAUUUGAUAUUCACUCAGAGGUUCAUAUGCAAUAAGCACUGCUCUACUUGAUUGCAGUUGGAAUCGGGACGCGUCCGGCACACUCAUCUCGUUGGAUUCUGUUGAUGAAUCUAGCGGUCGCCUCCCUGCUCGCGCCAAUCGGCCACCGCGCAACGCCGAGGGCUACUUUUCAGACAGCCAGGGAACCAUGAUUAUCAAUGAGGGCACCGACUACGAAGAAGAGGACGAGGAUGUGGGUGGAUCUGUGCUCAUCUACGAUACCAAAAGCUCUAACUCGGCUGGGCAAAUUGACAAUGGACUCGGUGCAUCUUCGCCCGGAGAGAAUACGGAUACACUAACGCGCAACUUCAAACGUGCAGCAAUCAGCGAAGCCAAUAACUGGUACUGGUAUUCUCUGAUCUCAUCUUCUUUGUAGACUUUGGGCUUACGAUUCCAUGAUUUUAAUCCAUCACAGUCGGGCUAGUACACGUCAUUAGAGAUCAUUAAGGUUUCUAAGAAUUCUUAAACAAUUCGGGUUCAUAAAUAAUCUUACUAGUAUUCAACACAGGGCUUCGCAGCGUACAAAAUCAUUGUCUGUAAAGCCGGAGGUUGAUGACUGUCAGCAGCCAUAAUGAAAUUGAAAGUCGUAUAGAAUCGUAAAUAAUGAGCCAUUACCACUUCUACCUGCGCCUUUUAAACUGGUCCAAUUGACUCCCAUCCUCCUACCGCCAAACGUAUGGCUCCUAGGGCCCGUUUCUUUCAAAUGAUUCGCCUUGCCCAUCAUUUGCUCCGGUUUAUGGGCUCAAUAUCACUACCAGACAUGUGCUGUCAAACAAAAUUAGUGAAGCAUUUCGAAAUAUACGUUAACAUGGAAAAUAUUGUUCAUGCGCCGUUAAAGUGCAAGCAAGCAUGCAGGAUCAUCUAGAAUAAUGUCUCUCAACACGCGCCCUUUCCACCGAGCAUCUUAACGCUUGGCAAAUUGGGUGAUAGUUGAUUUAUCUAUUGAUUUUCAAUCUUCACAUAGUCGAAAAAAUCCUAGAGAUUGAAAGACUUAUUUCCCAUAGUGGUUUUGCAGGGAAUUUCACGUCUCCAAAGUGUUAUCGUUCGAAAUAUGAAAUAUCUCGGCAGGCAACGUUUAUGUAAUUUACGUUUUUGGAAUGCUGCCAUUUUUUGCACUUUAUUGUUUUUUGGCUAUUUGGUACGUUUACCCUCUAAAAUUCUCUUGAAAAGCGUUGAAAGAAUAUUAAGGUACAUUCAGAACAGUGUGAACGCCUCAUAUACAGGAAUAAGCAACUUGUUCAUCUGGAAUUACACGCACACUUUAACCAACGUUUGUUAUACGCUAAAUUACGGACGUUUGUGCGGCCACAGUUAGCUAUUCAAGUGUGGAAACCUUGGACCGCUAAAGACCUAAGCAUCCUUGAGAAAGUUCAAAGGCGGGCAACCAAACUCGUUAGUGGACAGGGUUCACUGCCCUACGAAACACGGUUAUCCAAUCUGGGCCAUUUUUCUUCGAGUUACAGACAGCUAAUAGGUGACCUGAUACAAACAUUCCGUAUCAUGCGCGGUCAGAACCGCUGUCUUUUAUCUGCAGACUUCUUCGAGUUAGCAACCACAACGAACCUCCGAGGUCAUCCACUUAAACUACUUUUGACUGGUAACAGUCUGGACGCACAGAAGUUCUUUUCCAACAGAGUGGUCGAGGCUUGGAAUGCUCUGCCUGCAGAUAUCGUCAUGUCCACAGCCGUCGAGGCUUUUAAGCGCACGUUGGAUCAGAAUACCACUACACACGAUAACGUCAUCCGACCGAUAUCGCCCUAUCGCCCCUUUAGAAUAAAUAAUUAUCGUCAUGAUGUUACUGUCUCUGUUUCAGUAGCGUUUGUUUUUAAUUCACAUAUUGCCCCAAAUAGAUGCACGCGAAUGUUGGGAUUCACUUCGUCUGCCUCAGAUAUCUUUCAUACCAGUUUUCUUGAGCACAAUUAUGUAUUGGCUACUAUACACUGCACUUAGUAAUUUUGAUGUUUUUAACACUUGAAUGAUUCGUUUAUCUGUUUGGUUUAGGAAAAAAUUUCCGUAGCUGUUUGGUGUUCCUAUUUUAAAAUUCUUGAUAUACUUCGCCUCCUUGUGACAAUUUGGGAGUUCAAAGGUUCAACGCCUACGUCUCCCUCAAAUAAACUGAGCUGAACUGAAAAGUAUUCCCCAGUUUGAAUCAUUUGACACACAAGUCGUAGUUUCCCGAAGAUUGAUUAUACUAAAUUAGGCAUUUAUUAGUCCUUUUUAAGAGGUAUAGUUGAAAUGAUUUAAAGGUUGGUCGUCUCCAACGGUGGGCAAGUGAAGUCAACUGAGCUCGGCAUCAGAACAAUCAGAGUGCAAGGGUCGAUAUCUUAUUAUCAAAUUUGUUACGGUUGCCUCUGUAACAACUCAGACAAUACUCGGGCCUUACCAGAAGGCGAUCCAAGCGCAAAUGGCAUUGGAACCUGUUUCUUCUAGCAUCGUCCGCAAGCGAUGAGAGGGCCAGGCUACCAACGCGAAUGUGUUUGCUGUCUCUGCCUCCUCUCUCAACUCUAAUGAAAAAUGGGGUUCUACAACGGCCUUUACGAAGUUCUAUUCUUUAUUCCUUCAUAUGAUCUUGAGAUUGUUGCAGGGACUUGCAAUGCGCGCGCCGUUAAUGUUGAUCUCUUUAUGCACCACGUUCAAAAAAAAGUUAGGCAUUGGUAAUCGAUGUGGUAAUGACGAUCGCCUGCUUGGCUUUCCUGAAAUCAAUAAGAUUGUCCUCGCUGGCACCGGAUUUCGGUGACCUGAAGAUUCCAAAUUUGCUAUUAAAAUGACGGGGGAUUGUAUUGCCGCACAAAGUGGUUACAUUUUUGUGGGUAAAUACGGUCCUGUAUUGUCACUCAACGAGUGUGGGUUCAAGACGAACAGGGAUCAUAAUCCAGACCACGUUUAUGAGAGCGCGACUGCGCUUGUCUCCCAAAGUGUUCAUGAGAGCCACUUUGUCCCAACUCUUCCCAAUUGAUGAUCCAGUGAACCAACCGGCAGCCUUUGUCAGGAUGUGAUUAACGAAAUUCCUUUACUGGCUGAUCAUGAUGCCCAGCUGCUACCCCACGUGGAUGGGGACCACGCCCUGUUCUGGAACGCCUUCACUGAAGCUUCGCCUAUUCACUUAAUUCUCAGGAGGCUAAUAUCAGUUAGCCAGCGGACGAUGCGCGACGUGCUCUCAUCGCCGCAGAUCCAAACUUCAGAGCACUGAGUCGUUAAACAAGGUUGGUGAGAAUCGGCCAAAAUAAAUGCUGUCCCUAUCAAGCUCCCUGAGACUGCUGCAAAAGUUUGAGUAGUUAUCCCCAGUCAUCGGAACAAUAGGGCUGGUAAUUAAGACGUACUGACAACUGGGAUCCACAGGAACUGUUCUUAUGUUAUCUUUUCGCUGUUUGAUAAGGUAGUUCAGCAAGUAUUGCACGUUCUUCCAAUAAGUUAGAUAAGACGGAGUCUGGAAAUUAUGCUGACACUAACUUACUUGACGUCCCCACGAAUAGUUCCCCGACUGUCCUCCUAAGCCAUCAUCACUCGGCCAGCUUCGUACGAGUACAGAAAAAUCAGUGCCGUCUUUCCUCUAGCAGGGGCAAUGGUUACUAACUGAUGGCCUUUCGACGGAUCUUAGGACAGAUUCACCGGAAGACGAUUGCCCGUCUUCAUGCCUUCGCUGCAGGGUUCUACUCCGUCCUCCGAAGUGCGGUCUGAAUGUUCACGGAGGCUCGUCGUAUUUCUCGAGACUCAUGAACUUAACAAAAGCGUGCCAUCAGCGCUCGUAUAAAAGGUCAGAUUUGCGGUGUGGUGACCGGAUACUUUGUUGUUAGUGCUGGCCAUCGACAUGGUUACCUUCUCUCACCGGUCCGAUCUAGCUACACUGUACUCUAGGUUUCGUCUACAACACUACAAGACUGCAAGGGAGCCAGUCAGGACGGAACCUUUUCGUUUCAGACCUUAAUUGUACGGACAUCGUCUCGUUUGGGAAUUCAUUUGAGAAGGCGCAGUCUGCUUUGACCGAGUGCUCCUUUCACCCAGCACUUUCGGACUGAAACAACUCUGGGAAAACUAAAGUGCUGCUUAAGGUUUUCACGCCGCAAAUGCUCCCCCUCGUAGAUGAAAGAAUGUUUGAGGCAGUCGAAUAUCGCCGCGCAAUUCAAGCAGAAAGCAAUGUAUGGGCCAUGGUCAAGGCCGUCUCGCUUUGCGGCUGAGAAAUACUGCCUUUACGCACAACUAAUCUGAGGAAGACUGAGGCGUCCGAAAACUAAUGUCUCCAGCCUCAAUUCUCGGAUCACGUCUUGAUCGGCAUCGCCGAUCAAGAAAACCUGUUGGUGAUGCGGCAUGAGCCAGCCUUUUCAAAUUACCCUGUCAUGCACUCAUUCAAUCAUUUUUCAAGCCUCUGUCCGAGCGAGUUCCAUCGCCGUGGAGGCUUAAGGUAAACGUAAAAGGAUAUGGCUAAGUUCGACUUCGAGGGGAUGCUGGCCCGACUGUGUUCCGUGUUCGGAAAUGGAACGCCAAAUGGUCAACGUUGGUAAUGCCACGUGCUGGUCCGUGAUACCAUGGACUUCGGAGCCGAUUAAUUCAGUACUGAUGCCAACCGUUACAAGUUCAAGCACGAACAGGUGGGUAAGUUUCCGAACCUACCGGGAAAAAAUAACUACUAGUUUAUUUUAGUUAUCAGCGCUUCAUAAUUGUAUCCAGUCAAAUGAUUCCUGACUACCUAGUCAAUGCGUUCGCAGUGGUCGCAGUUAUUGCAACAUCCCGUUUUAAGAAAACCUGGGAUUUGAUCCAGUGUUCAGUAAGUUUUCCGGUCCUCUCUCAUUAAGCCACUGGUCGACACCCUGUAGAUUGCUAUCAGAAAUGUUCACCGUCACGUGGAAGAGGGAACACUCACCAACCUGACCUAGUCACAGUACGGACUAGGGACCUCCCACUUUACCUUAGAAUCCUCAGAGGGUCACAUAACGACGAACAAUCGAGGCAUGACUUACUGUGUACGGCAAAUAAGUGGCCACUCCAGUCUCCCAUUUGUUCGUCAUUACUACGGCAGAAUGACUUACCUUUGCUUCAGGUCCGAAGAUGCUGCCGCAAAGACCCCUCCACGUGGUGACGAGGAUGCAGCGGCUGCCGUAGCAGCUGCACAACGAGACUGCGGCCUCGUUGGAGGGAUGCCCGCGCCGCGCCCUGUAGCUGUUGGCCAGCGUCCCUUCGCCCCUUUUUCGCGGGCCUUCCAGGAGGGAGGUCUCUUGUGUGGCAUGUCGUCACCUGACCCCAACAACAAUGCCAAGGGCUCUAAAGCGCUGGCCCUGGCUAAUGAGCCUGGUGGUCUAGCCAAACUCUCCUACACGGAACUGGAACAGCUGCUGGUCAAUCUGAGUCGUGAUUUGGAGACAGAACUGCGUAACCUGGCGGUUCGAUAUCGGCACAAGCGCCAACCCCUGCUAGACGCGAUCGCCGAAAAGACGGCUAUGGUUGAUGCCCAAGCAGUCGCGCCCUGA